AGAGCAGCGCGAGAGCGAGGAAAAAACACGGACUGAAAACGCUCUGAACACAGACAGCUGCACCUAACCCCAGUUACUAAAGUAAAUCAGCAGAAAGAGGGGGGGCUGAAAUUAUUGGUGGAGACUGUCCCCUCGAUACCCAAAGUUGGUGGGGACAUGACCACACCCCACACCAGUCCUUCAGAAAGUUACGCCAUUGUCUGGAUGCCUUCAAAAAUACAUCAUCUCAAGAUGAGUAGCCACUUUGUCUUGCACCUCUGUAUUUUGGGUUCUCUUUACUGCACAUCCCAGGCUUGGGAGAUUAAAAUGCCAAGACAUAUCAAGGGAUUGUUGGGCUCCUGCCUCACCAUCCCUUGCAGCUUUGACUAUUAUCGGUAUCCACCUAAAAGAGCCGAUCGAGUGGUUUGGUACCAGUAUGUAAGCAGGGGAUAUCCUUUGGUCUAUGACAAAUGGUACCCAAAUGAUGUCAUACCCUUAUAUAAAGGAAGAACCAGCGUAUUAGGAAAUCGGAAAUCUUGCAGCCUUAAGAUUGAUACCGUGAAAUGGAAUGACCACAGACAGAAGCUUUAUCCUUGGGUGGAUCCAGAAAAUAUUGGCAGAAGCACGUAUGCAUUCUAUGAGACAACUGUGACGAUUGAAGUAAUUGACUCACCAAAGGCACCAGAGAUUACGAUCACCGGUGAAAGAAAAGCUGGAAAUACUGUAACUGUAAAAUGUUCUGCUGAACACACAUGCUCCACCAAUCGCCUGGAUCUUUACUUAAACAUCCCACUGAGAAACGGAUAUUUAACUCACAAUGCGAUUCUUAGAUAG